AUGGUCUUAGCACUUCUACUUUUGUUACUGGUAACUACCGUAGAUGGACAGUAUUCUCAAGGCCACUUCUGUAUUCCACAUCCCACAAACAUUCACUGGGUUCCAUAUUCCAAACCACCUUGUUUGCAUCCUGGACAGCCAAUUUUCGAAUGGCCAGGUGGCAGCAACUGCUCUCAACACCUUGAUUUGCAUUCCGAGCAGAUCUCUGUGGAUGAGACUGGCUUAGUCUUUGCUAAACAAAGGCUAUGUUUUUACUUCACUGUCGAGUUGAUCGAAUAUACCUAUAAAUGGAAGGACGUUGUUCACACAGGCCAAUUCAAGAUAGGUCAUCCAAAGUUCACAAAGCAAAAGAGGUUUAAACGAUGGUUAAGAAGGAGAAAUCCCGAUCCGAAUGCAAUACACUUUCAGCAAGAGAGCUACGUCAAGGAGCUACUGGAAUCAGAAAGUCCGGGAACAUUGGUAGUCACUGUCAAAGCUACGCAUGCAGCUGAUCAACCUUUAUACUACUCUCUGGCAGCACCGCAGGAUUCGAGAUCGCAGAAUAUAUUCACCCUCGACACGAUAUCUGGAGAGAUCCGUCUGGCAAAAUCACUUGAUCGUGAAAUACUGGACAAGCACGUUCUGAAGGUAACAGCAUACGAACGGCUAGAUCCCACAGUGUCCUCAAGUGUAGCUGUUACCGUGGAUGUUUUGGAUGUGCAGGAUAAUAGUCCAAUUUUCGAAAGAGACUCAUAUUUUGCUGAUAUUCGGGAAGAUGCGCCGAUAUCUGGUGAGAUCCGUCUGGCAAAAUCACUUGAUCGUGAAAUACUGGACAAGCACGUUCUGAAGGUGACAGCAUACGAACGGCUAGAUCCUACAGUAUCGUCGAGUGUAACUGUUACCGUGGAUGUUUUGGAUGUGCAGGAUAACAGCCCAAUUUUCGAGAGGGACUCAUAUUUUGCUGAUAUUCGGGAAGAUGCGCCGGUAAGUGAUGUGCUUGUUUUAUCUCCCGUUUUUCUUAUUCAUAAACUUCAUCAAGCCGCGACUAACUUACGCCUUUAUAUCUCUGUUUCCACUCAGAUGAAAUUGUGA